GACGUAUGUAUAACCUCAAAAAGUUUUCAAACGAAAGUUUUGUGUACUAUGAGUUUUUUUUAGCAAACUACCGUGAAAAAUCCAGUAUUACCAAGUUUUCUAUUGAGAUUUAAGCAGAAAUGUUAUCCACCAUUUAGUGUGAUUCCACGUUGAAUCAGUAGAUACAGUAAAAACAGCAGUAUUUGGAAAUAAUCUCAUUUAUCUCCGUCAUUCCAAUCCACCCCCUUGUUUUGAAUAAUAAUGAGAAAUUAAUUUGAGGCAAAAACAAGAAAGAUAAGAAAAAAUAAUCGUUGUGAUGUCUGAAUUGACUUUGUGAUAAGCAUUUGGUGUUAUCUGGAAUCUCACGUCCCUGGAACAGUUGUGUCUCAUCACCAAAACAACACAAGAGCCACAGUCGAUGCUUUUGCUUCACUGAAAAGUUUGUACUAGCUGUGCGGGAGAGACAAUUUGGCCAGCACAGAGUGACAGAAGUGUUGUGUGGAGAGUUAGUUUUGCGGUAAGGACAGCUGCACUGAGACAUAAAACAGAGAAGAAAAAAAAUGAAGAUUCUCAUCUCAUUGGCCUGCUCAAUUGGGUCAAUGGGGAUUGCAUGGGGGAGCCUCCUGUCGCUAAACAUAAGUGACAGAAUAUCCCUCCAACGUGGUGUCUUCCUCUCAUCUCUGGGCUUUGUGUACUUUGUCUCCCUGACGGAUUUCUUCAAUCGCUUCCUCCUGGAGACUGCAAAAGGACUCGAGUGGCGCAAGAAGUAUCACCUAAUGGUGUCCGAUGUGAUGGAUAUUACAAACAAACUCGUAUCAGCAGUACAGGCGAGUCUAUCCUGUCUAGCUGGCUUUCUUGUUUGCAAAUCCUCCUGUAAUCGUUCAUUCCUACAUGCAUCGCAUUUUGCCUCGGAGGCUUACGCCUGGUUUGGUGCAGCGUACUUUUUCUACGAUCUCUGGAGUAUGUACAAAGUUCACAUUCACAAGGUACUUGAUAAGUUGAAGAUGGUUAAAGAUCAAGCGGGGAAUGGGCUUAAGAAUGGCAACAAUGGGCAUCAGGUGUUCGAUGGGAGGCGAAAUGGAAAUGGCAAUGGGGUAUGCCGUGCGGAUGGUGAUGUAGAAUGCAGGGAGAAGGAGAUUCACGAUGACUAUGGGAAUGAAAUUUCACUUGAGGCAAGACCCUCAUUCUGGCACUACAUCUCCCGACAACCCCUCAUGGUGGGCCAUCACAUCUUUAUUGGCUCCUUUGGGUUGUGCGUCAUUGCAUACCUAAGGGGUGGUCUGGGUGAUUGCAUUUUCAGCUUCAUCUUCCUCAUGGAGGCAUCAACACCAUUUGUCUCGCUGCGCAGUAUCCUCAGUACAAUGGGAAUGAAAUCAACAAAUCUGUACAUGAUUAAUGGGAUCCUCAUGCUUGUAACAUUCUUCAUCUUUCGCAUCCUCAUGCUCCCAUUUGUCUUCUACUGGUACAGCCUCACGGUGAAUUUACCCUUUAUACGUGCCGUGGCGUCUUUACCGCGUGGAUGUAAAAUCAGUAUUUGUAUACUAUUCUUGCCACAAAUCUACUGGUUCUACCUCAUUUUACGUGGAGCAAUUAAAGUAUUCUUCCCACAAAAGGUGAUGCCCACCAAAAGAAACAGAGGUGAAUUCCAAAAAAAAUCCACAAAUUGUGUGAUCUCAACAGACAAUGAGGCAAAGAAUCAAGAUGGGAAGUUUGAAGAAAACUUCCGAAUCCUGGACAAUGAUAAACAAAAAUCUCUAACACUCAUGUAAGUGAACAUUUCUUUUUGUCUUCUCUUGUACAUAAAUGACUACAAAAAAUAUAUCUCCGAUCAUUCUCUCAAACUUUUAUUUCACACCACUGAAUGAGAGAAUAUUUUCGAUAAAGACCUUUUUUCUAAAAUGUAUACCAAAAUUCUUUAAAUUAUGUCUUGAUAAAAUGAAUAGAAAAAUCUAAUUAUUCGUAUACUUGGACAUUGUGUAGAUGAGAAAAAAAAAACUGUGAAUGAUGUAGAACUUUGGAAAAUAAAGAUGCACCUUGAGGGAAAAAAAUAACCAUACAAUACAUACAUAGAAUAUAUGGGGUGUAGUAAUAAAAAAAAGAGAAAAAAUAAUAUUUGUUAUAAUAAGUCUAUUGAGGAGAUAAUAAUAAUAAACAUGUAAUAGUCGUCAUGGAACUAGUCACACAGUAACUAAUUGUUAGGUCUCUAUGUAACAAAAAUGAUUAAUUAAGGGCAUUUUGUGAGGCGGGAGAAUCAAUGUUUAAUUGUAAAAAAAGAAGAUUAAAGAAAAAAAUGUGAAAUUCCUCCCCUCCGA